AUGGGCAGUCGGGCUGGCCAUUCGAAAUGCCUCGGCCUCAAAGAACAAGGCAACCGAAACGUGAGCCAGGCAGAUGCCUCGUCACCAAUCAACUCGAGGGAAUAG